ACCGGUUCCCUGAGAGCUCCCCCGAUGUGAGGGCCAGGUGAGGUGCGGACCACUGGAAAUGGGUAAUUUAGUGUAAGACAACAAACAGAUCAGGCGGUUUGUGGGACACACAUCCUGAGCCCCGGGAAGAAUCACAGGAGAGGGUGGACUCCAGGAAGAGGACAGGGUCUCCUGCCUUGGCCCCAGGUCACCAUGCUGCUGGCUAUGCUGCUGCUGCUGCUGCUACUGUCCCCAGACUCCCAGACCGCCCAUGGGCAUCCACUGUACAUGCGCCUGGCCCCCAGCACCCUGCAAGCAGUUUUGUCUGCCCAGGGGACUCAGGCAUUGCAGGCUGCCCAGAAGCGCGCCCAGUGGGCCAUAAAGCGUGUGUUGAUGGAGAUCCAGCACAGACUGCAUGAAUGCCAAGCAGGAUCCGGACGCCCCAGACCUCAAGCUGGCCGUCUCCAGGACCCACCCGAACCAGGACCAUGUGGCGAAAGGCACCAGGGCGUUGCCAACGUGACCCGGGCUCACAGCCGUAUAGUCGGGGGCAAUACAGCUCCAUCCGGGGCCUGGCCUUGGCUAGUGAGGCUACAACUUGGAGGGCAGCCUCUGUGCGGCGGCGUGCUAGUGGCUGCGUCCUGGGUGCUCACGGCUGCACACUGCUUCUCCGGCAGUGCCUCAAAUGAGCUUCUUUGGACUGUGACGCUAGCCGAGGGACCCCAGGGGGAACAAGAAGAGGAAGUGCAGGUUAACCGCAUUUUGCCCCAUCCUAAGUUUGACCCACAGACCUUCCACAAUGACCUGGCUUUGGUACAGCUGUGGACGCCGGUGAGCCCAGAGGGGCCGGCGCGCCCCAUAUGCCUACCCCAGGGCUCUAGGGAGCCUCCUGCCGGUACCCCCUGCGCCAUCGCAGGCUGGGGGGCCCUCUUCGAAGAUGGGCCUGAGUCCGAGGUGGUGAGGGAGGCCCGCGUUCCGCUGCUCAGCGCAGACUCCUGUCAAAAGGCCCUGGGGCCUGGAUUGCUUCCCAGCACCAUGCUCUGUGCUGGUUACCUGGCGGGAGGCAUCGACUCGUGCCAGGGUGACUCCGGAGGUCCUUUAACCUGUCCCGAGCCCGGCCCGCACCCCAGAGAGGUCCUCUUUGGAGUCACCUCUUGGGGUGAUGGCUGUGGGGAGCCAGGGAAGCCUGGUGUCUACACCCGUGUGGCCGUAUUUAAAGACUGGCUGCAGGAGCAGAUGAGCGCGGCCCCCUCCACUCGCGAGCCUAGCUGCAGAGAACUUCUAACUUGGGAGUCCCCGGAGGAGGAAGCGACCCCGGAUGCCCCGGGGCUCUGCGCCUUCUACGCGCGCCAGUGCCCGGGGGCCCAGCGCUCCUGUGCACAUCUUGCGCUCCAGCAGUGUCUGCAGCGCCGGCGGCGGUGCGAGCUGCGGUCGCUGGCUCACACGCUGCUCGGCCUGCUGCGGGGCGCCCAGGAGCUGCUGGGACCCGGGCCGGGGCUGCGACGUGGAGUUCCCGUGCCUGCUCGCUCGGCUCCGUCGCUCCGGGAGCCUCCCGGCCACAAUGUCCGCGAACAGCAGUUGUACUCAGGAUCGCGAGUUGCAGGAACCUGGUUCCAGAAGCCAAAGCCCGAGCGCCGCACGGAAACAAAAGGCUGCCCUGGGUUGGAGCCUCUGCAACAGAAGUUGGCUGCCAUUCAGCGAGCACAUGCGUGGAUCCUACAGAUCCCGCCUCAGCACUUGGCUAUGAACUUUCACGAGGUGCUGGCAGAUCUGGGCUCCAAGACACUAACAGGGCUUUUCAGAGCUUGGGUGAGGGCCAGCUUGGGGGACCAGCGUGUGAUCUUCAGUGGCUUGGUGGGCUUGGAACCUUCUACACUGGCUCAUAGUAUCCCGCGGCUGCUAGUGCAGGCCCUGAAGGCCUUCCGCUCAGUUUUCCAGACAGAAGAAGAGCCCCAGGAACCCUGGAUGUAUGUGGGACAGGGACAGGGGCAGGGAAAGGAGCACCACCGCCAACUCCAGCCUCUUGUUCCCUGAGUCAAGAAGCCCUGUAAAGGUCACACUGUACCCAGGGCUAAGGAGGUUGUAUGAGAUAUGACAAACUCUCACGAUCCCAGUUGAUCUUGUAUGUGUGGACACAGUGGGGGUCCUGUACCUCACAUGUCUUCCCAAAUGUGUCACUAGACACAGCUGCUUUAAUAAAUGUUAUUUAUAAUCUA